AUGGUAACUACAUCGAGAUUUUCUUUGUCGGGGUUUUCUGUCUGUUCUCGUCCCGUGUUUGUUCUACGUCACGGGCUGAUUGCGACUGUGGUUCUGGAUGUGAUUAGACUCUAUCCACACGGAGCGUCAUAUGCACACUCCCCAGAACAAAACCCCGACGGAUACGGAAAAGCAGCCAUCUCGAACGUGACGGCGCUGUGCCGCGUCGGUAGAUUUUUCCUUGCGCACGGAACGGCCGAUGACAACGUCCAUAUCGGGCAUACUUUGGCGCUCGUCGACCAGCUUGAUCAGGCAAACUUGACCAACUAUGACUUUGUCGCGUUCCCUUACGCCGAUCACGACAUCAAGCUCCAAAACGACAGAAAGAUGCUGUACAGCAGUAUGCGUCUCUGA